UUCAAAGAGAGGGAGAAUGGAGAACGGUUCUGAAAUAAGGAGCAUCAUUGAAGAGCUAUGUCUAACAAUAAGGGUUACACCUACUAAUAGUAAUCAACAGGAAGAUGUUAGUUCUCAAGAUCAUAAAACCCCUUCUAGCACUGCUGCUCCUCCUAUUGAGGAUUAUAUCUCUACCAAGCAUUUUUUACGUGCUUGCAACUUGCUCCUUCUUCAACCACUUGAUAAAGUAGGACCUUCAAUGUUGGUUUUGAGACAAGAUGUGCAUCAAAAUAUUGAGAGAUUGGAAAAGUUUCUUGAGUCGGAUCCUUCAAGUUUCGGAAAUGUUGUUGAAAUAUUGAAGAAAGAGGCAACUGAAAAGAGUGCAAGAAAGGUUAGCAGCUGUACUAGAGCCUUGGUUUGGCUUACUAGGUCGUUGGACUUUGCCGUAGCUUUGUUAGACAAAUUAGUGAAGGAUCAAGGUGGGCAAAGCAUGAAACAAGCCGUAGAGGAAUCCUACAACAUCUCGUUGAGACCGUGGCAUGGAUGGAUUUCUUCCGCUGCUUACAGAGUAGCUCUCAAGCUGGUACCAGAAAGGAAAACCUUCUUCAUCAACUUGCUAAUGGCAGAUCAAGAUCAGAAAGACAGUAGUGACUUGUUAACACAAGAAAUAAAGAGCUUAACUGCAGUUCUUUCGCCUCUUUUAGAUCAAAUCCACUCCAUUCUGAUGAAGUUCAAUUGCCACAAGUUAAAGACGACUUAGUAAAAGGAAAUAUAAGUGUAGAACCUUACAUUCAUCGAUGUUCCUGCCAAACGUUUUUUCGUUUCUUUUCAAAUUAGUAGAAUUUCUGUAAUCUGUUCAAAUUGUUCUUUGACUACUUGAUCCGUUAAUUAUAAUGCUAAAAGCUAGUUAU